UCCUCUUCUCACUCACUCACUCACUCGCUCUUCUUCACAUUUUCCGAAAAAACCCUAAAUCCCGCUCCUUCCUCCGUCUCGAAAUCUCGAAUCCUUUUCAAUCUCUCUAUUCAAUCUCGCUUCCUUCUUGCGAAAAUGCGUGAGAUCCUUCACAUCCAAGGUGGUCAAUGCGGUAACCAGAUCGGUGCCAAGUUCUGGGAAGUGGUUUGCGCCGAACACGGCAUAGAUCCAACCGGUAGGUACACCGGAGACUCAGAUCUACAACUUGAGCGCAUCAAUGUUUACUACAACGAAGCUAGUUGCGGUAGAUUCGUUCCUCGUGCCGUGCUUAUGGAUUUGGAGCCUGGUACCAUGGAUAGUCUCAGAUCUGGACCGUAUGGUCAAACCUUCCGUCCUGAUAACUUCGUUUUCGGUCAGUCUGGUGCUGGUAACAACUGGGCUAAGGGACAUUACACUGAAGGAGCUGAGCUAAUUGAUUCGGUACUCGAUGUUGUUCGUAAGGAAGCUGAGAACUGUGACUGCUUGCAAGGGUUUCAGGUUUGUCAUUCGUUGGGAGGAGGAACUGGAUCUGGUAUGGGAACACUUUUGAUUUCCAAGAUCCGUGAAGAGUACCCAGAUCGAAUGAUGCUUACUUUCUCAGUGUUCCCUUCGCCUAAGGUUUCUGACACUGUUGUUGAGCCUUACAACGCUACUUUGUCUGUUCAUCAGCUUGUUGAGAAUGCAGAUGAGUGCAUGGUUCUUGACAAUGAGGCCUUGUACGAUAUUUGCUUCAGGACUUUGAAACUCACAACCCCUAGCUUUGGUGACUUGAACCAUUUGAUCUCUGCUACAAUGUCUGGUGUCACAUGCUGUUUGAGAUUCCCUGGUCAGCUCAACUCUGACCUCCGUAAGCUUGCUGUGAAUCUUAUCCCAUUCCCUCGUCUUCACUUCUUCAUGGUGGGUUUUGCUCCUCUCACCUCAAGAGGGUCUCAGCAGUACCGUUCCCUCACAGUCCCUGAGCUCACCCAGCAAAUGUGGGAUUCCAAGAACAUGAUGUGUGCUGCUGACCCAAGACACGGACGCUACCUCACAGCCUCUGCCAUGUUCCGUGGCAAGAUGAGCACAAAAGAAGUUGACGAGCAGAUGCUGAACGUGCAGAACAAGAACUCUUCCUACUUUGUUGAGUGGAUCCCCAACAAUGUCAAAUCAACAGUCUGUGACAUCCCACCUACUGGUCUAAAGAUGGCUUCCACUUUCAUUGGCAACUCAACAUCGAUUCAAGAGAUGUUCAGGCGUGUGAGUGAGCAGUUCACAGCUAUGUUCAGGAGGAAGGCUUUCUUGCAUUGGUACACAGGUGAAGGAAUGGAUGAGAUGGAGUUCACAGAAGCUGAGAGCAACAUGAACGACCUUGUUUCAGAGUACCAGCAAUACCAAGACGCAACUGCAGAUGAAGAAGGCGAGUACGAGGAUGAGGAAGAAGGAGAAUACCAACAGGAGGAGGAGUACUGAGUAAGUGCUACCCCCUUUAACCAAACCAAUUUAGUCAUUUGCUUAUCUUUUUUUUUUCUUAGUUCUUUUAAAAAUGAAAACCUCAACUACCAGUUGCAGGUUUUCAGUGCUUGUAUUGACAACUCUGUAUCCUUUUAGUCUUAUGGUGUGUUGUUUGUGUACUUUUUGUUCUUAACUUUGGUUCGGUCUUCCUAUUUUCCUCUUUCGUUUGAAUCUUCUAUUAAUCAAUGUCUAGCCAUGUUUGUUUGUUUUA